AUGAUCGCCGACAUCGAGCUGCUUCCUGAUGCCAGCAACGAGCUGAAGCAGGCCAUCAAAACAGCCGUCUCAGGCACGGGCCUUUCCCACACCGUGCAUGCCCACGGAGCAACGGUGAAGGGGCAGGCAGAGGCCGUGUGGACUGCGGCGCGCGCUGCGUUCGACGCAUGCAUCGCCGCCGGUGCAUCCACGGAGACGGUGCUCCUCAAGAUGCGCUGCGGCGAUGGUGAAAAUGGAGCAGCCGCCUCGGCAGUCAAAACCACCGCCUCCGCUGCCGCCACAGCAAUGGUCCCGCAGCGCCCAAGCCCAUUCGGCAGCGGUGUGCGCAAGCUCCAAGUCGUCGACUGCCACUGCGGUGGCGAACCGGCGCGCGUCAUCGUCGGUGGCAUGCCGCACGUCCACGGCGCUUCCAUGGUGGAGGUGCGGCAGCGCUUUGCAAAGGCGCGGGACAGCCGAGAUCUAGCCGAGGACUUCGACCACUACCGCGCUCUCUUGCUGCACGAGCCGCGCGGCUACCCGCCUCCGACACGGCCAGAGGCGGCGUUCGGCGUGGUGGUGGCGGAGCAGGGGAAGAUCUACCCUGCCAUGUCGGGCCACAACGUGAUCUGCGUCGCCACUGCCCUCCUCGAGACUGGGAUGGCUGGGCUGGUGCAAGUCAAGGCGCAGUGCGAGCACGGCAAGGCGACGCAGGUCGAGCUGCGCAACGCGCCCGCCUUCUGCCGCCCUUGCGACAUGGGCGUCGAAGUCGACGUGCCGCUCGGCGUGGGCAAGCUGCGGGUCGGCGAGCCUUUCGAGCACUCGUCCAUCCUCGGCACCAAAUUCAUCGGCCGGCUGCACGAGGAGGUUGUGGUGGGGGGCGGGGGAACCGAGCCGGUGCGGGCGGUGGUGCCGACCAUCUCGGGGCGGGCGUGGAUCACGCAGCACGCGACGGUGGUCUGCGACCCUUCCGACCCCUUCCCAGAGGGCUACAAGGUCACCCACCCCGAGAUCGACUACCCCGGCCCAGACAUCCUCGCCUUCCGCGACCCCGCCGUCCGGCUUCCGGGAGGAGGCCUCGCCGCGCGCAAUGCCGUCGUCAUGUCCAACGGCAGACCGCCCCAGCGCGCGCUGCAACCCGGACACCGCUGCCCGGAGCCGCGCACGCGACCGCGUCGCCCGCGCGCCGCUCCGGCGAGCUGCGUACCUUCCCUUCCCUCCCUCUGCCUUGCCUCAGGCGAGCUGCGGUGGGACGACCCGGCGACGCACACCGGCAUGCUCGACCGGUCUCCCUGCGGCACCGGCACGUGCGCCAUCAUGGCCGCGCUGCAUGCGCGCGGCGAGCUGCGGGUCGGCGAGCCUUUCGAGCACUCGUCCAUCCUCGGCACCAAAUUCAUCGGCCGGCUGCACGAGGAGGUUGUGGUGGGGGGCGGGGGAACCGAGCCGGUGCGGGCGGUGGUGCCGACCAUCUCGGGGCGGGCGUGGAUCACGCAGCACGCGACGGUGGUCUGCGACCCUUCCGACCCCUUCCCAGAGGGCUACAAGGUUGGCGACAUCUGGUAG